AUGGCCUCGGUCCGCCCGUUCUCCUACAUCAUCCCCUCCGACUGGGACCCGCUUCACCGCAAGGUCAGCCCUCCGUCGCCUCCGUCGCCAAACACCCCACCGCCCGGCCACGCGCGCCGGAGGAGCCACUACCGCCCAUUCUCGACCCUCUACACCGAGUCGCCGUACAUUGAGUUCGACGGCCCGCCAGCCACCUGCAGAAAGCGCGUAUCGUCGAUCGGUGGUCUGCAGGCGUUCGCUGCGAUGGGGAUGGGGAUGAACUUCAUGGACCGGGGGAAGAAGAGGGAGCGGGAGCGGGAGGAGAGGACGGAAGCAUGCCGCCUCCUUCCUAUCAAGGUAACGGACAGUGUUGUCUCCAAUCCUAGACCCACCACUCCGAGCCCGCUAUGUGACAGUCUCGCUCCCCCAAAUGCCCAAGACUCUUCUCCCUCCUCCUCCAGACUCGCCCCUGUCGCCCCCCGCGUCAAGAAGAAACGCUCAAUGGUUUCUUUAUUUAAUUCUUCUGAUUCUCCGUCCUCGGAUGAUUCCCCGCUCCGCUCUCAUUCGCCGUCGCUCAGUCCCCCGCAGAAGCCGGAGGAUACCCAAAAGCUAUCCUCUCGUAAGCAUAUGCUUAGGAACGCGAAACAGGGCGAUGUCGACCCCACCCAACACUUCGUCCCAAAGAGCAUCUGGGCAAAGCGACAUAAUAUGAAACUUCAUCCAUACCAGGGCGAUGCACCGUACAUGCAGGCUUAUGAUCCCAUUCUACUCGAGAGCGAUCGAUAUACGGAUAUAUUAUUCCAGCGACUGUCCAAUGGCUCGCCGUCCUUCUACGACUACGGGAAGAAGCCUCCUGCUAACGUCCUAGACUUGGGUUGUGGUCCAGGAUACUGGAUAUUGCACGGAGCAAAUGUCUGGAGAAACACCAAAUUUACUGGAUUCGACCUCGUAGAUAUUACUCUUGCUGCAUUCGAGACCAUGGAGAACGUCGAAUUUGUACAAGGAAAUUUCCUUCGUUACAGAUUGCCCUUCCCCGACAAGUCCUUUGACUUCGUCCGAAUGGCCAAUCUUGUCCUUUGUAUUCCCUACGAGCAGUGGGGCUCUCUCUUGUCCGAAGUUCGUCGCGUUCUAACCGACGGUGGUCGCCUCGAAUUCAUCGACGACGAAAUGCUCUUUCCGUGCGGCACUGCGCCGAAAGAUCCGCCUUCCUCUCUCACACCCUCAGUUAACGACCUUCAUGACGACUUCGGCUUUAGCGAAGACGACGAUACAUUACACGAUGACUCAGGCGACACCGAGUCCACGCUUCAUAGCAGUGAAGGAGGUUCCCUUCCAUCCUCAUUUGAAGAUAGAGAAAAUUCGCUAUCUGAAUCACCCACUGUCCGACCACUGAAUGUUACCGCCUGUCUACGUACCCCAUCACCGCCCCACAUGCAGCCUUCAGAGACAGCCGUCUUCCAGACACGACCAAGGCCAAUCCAGUCGACCACAUACCCCAGGUACUCUCGUCAUGCAGCAUGGCAGAAUCAGUCAAUCGCUGCGCGCGAGCUCGAAGCUAUCUUCAGAAUGAUGCUCAAGCAGCGAUUUAACAUUAUGCCCGAACCCUUUGAUUUCGUUUCUGAACUGGUAGUCGACAUUUUCGGGAAGAGCGUCGCGAAAACCAAGACUUUCAAGAUCAAGCUUGCCGCUAUGGACUCUCCGAUCGGGCUGCUUGCUCAGGCUAAGGCGAAGGAGGCGAAGGCGAGAGCAGACGCCGAGAGGGAGGACUUAUUUGCUGCGAACUCGGACUCGCCCUCGUUCGCGAGUGUGAAGAAGGGGUUGAAGCCCUGGAAGCCGUCAGCCAUUGGUAUAGACUGGGAGAAACAGCCGAAGCAGCCUAAGGUGAAGAAGGAGAAGGAGGAGAAGGAGAAGUGGACGGGUACUGGGAAGAAAGGCUCUGGGAGUGGCAGUGGCAGCUCGAGCAAACGGUCGAGUCUUGAGGUACCCAGAUCCGCCGAGGCAACGGUUUUAGUCUGGACUCCUGUCCCGCCGUCUGUCAACGCAAAGGCAGCAGGCAGACUCGGGUUGGACUAUCAACCUGGUCUCAGCCCGACGCUGGAUAAGUCAUUUACGCGCACUCCCCCUGCUCCGCCUACGCCAAACGCUGUGAACGGGAAUUCAGAGACGCCCUUGACAGCUACGCCGACACCGUCAACAGCCAAAACGGUGACACCCACCACGGCCAAGUUUCCUCUGACAACAAUGACAACUCCUACGCCGAUGUCGACGACCGCGAGGCCGACCACACCCACUCCACCCUCCUCGACAUCUAAAACCGCACCACUGACAAUGUCGAUCUCGAAGUCCAAGUCAACACCGUUCCUGAGCCCAACGGCAUUCGUGACCCCUCCUCCAGUGCCGCCACCUAUCACAUCUUCACAGACACAACCACCACGCAAAGGCGCUCCGAUCCUAAGUGCCAAGGCCGCCGGCAGACUCGGGAUUUCCUACACCGCCCUUGCCGCCGCGACCGCCUCCUCGCGCCGGCACGUCAGCGACGACGCCACCCUGCCACGCAACCGCCACUGGAUAAACGCCGGGGAUAGCGAGCACCAUCCGGUGCAGUCACCGGGCAUCCUCGUGUCCACCGGGCAGUACAUUGCCAUGGGCCCAGCCGAACUGGAGAUGCACGCGUGCAAGUACGUUCAUACACUCCUUGGAUGCCGCCCGGCGCUGUCUGAGUUUGUGCGUGGGUUCAGGGACGAGGAGGGCAGGAAGUUUGUGAAGGACAAGGAGUUUGCGGAGGCGGUCUGGGAAUAUGAGUGCUUCAGGCGAGCACGCUUCAAUUGGCCUGACGAGGUUGCAGACCCGUACGAAGACGACCCGACAAACGCCAGCACCUUCUCCUUCGCCCUUCCUUCUCCUACGACACUUACCCCUCCAAGCUCCAAUGGCCCCAGCCCCGAUGCUCCUCUCAGCCUCAAAGGGUCACACUCGUCCUCUGGCUCCUCUGGCUCUUCCAUUCGCUCUUCAUCACCCUCGCCGACGUCGAAGCCCCCGCGGCCUGACAAGCUGACCAAAUCCCACUCCGAUGGGAACAGCUCCCCGAGCAUUCAUUCGAACGGACAUAAGAGUACGAGCAGCGCGGAGUCGUUCGAUGGGCAGCACCAGGACGACGAGCUGACGCAUAUUCGUACGAUCAGGGUGUUCCAGGCUAUCAAGACGGAGCAUGGGCUGGUGGGAAAACUGGUCGGUAAAUCGACAGGGAAGAAGGCCUAA